GUGAGUUUUGGCAGUCAGAUGCGUCUAGCAACUGCCAAUACCAGUUUUGUUAAUCAUGAGUGCACAAGGAAACAGCGGGGUUCAAUUGCUUUUGGAGGCUGAAAAAGAUGCCCGUAACAUCGUCGAGAAGGCUCGUCAAUACCGUUUGCAACGGCUGAAAGAUGCUCGCAAUGAGGCAGCACACGACGUGGAAGAAUACACAAAGUUCAAGAAGGACGAAUUCGCAAAGUUUGAGGAAAAUGCUUCUGUCUUGUACAAGCAGUCUGAGGAGGAGUCUAAGCAAGAGGUUGUCAAGAUGAUCGAGUCUAUCAAGAGCGACUCCUCUGUAAAUGCCGACAAAGUUGUUGACGAGGUUUUGGCUCUUCUUCUUGACGUGAAGUACUAAGACUCGGUGUCAGUUGUACAUACAACAGUCGCUUACUUUCUCUAUUGUCAUUGACCUAAUCGUGUUAUUGAGCGGACUGUUUCCGGGCGUCUUAUACUAGGAUCCUGUUCCAGCACUGCUCAUCACUCCUACCUUACUUUUUACUACUAAUCAAUAAUAUAUACCCAGCUGCGUAUUGAAUGUGUUGCGGCUCGUUAAACCGCAUUAUGCUAAAUAGUGGGGUUUGCGUUUUUCGUUAAAUGUUUAGCGUGCUGCAUAUACUUUCGCUAUGUACAAUACCGC